GCUCCUAGACGUGGAUACCGGACGUGUCUCCUGUCGUCACUUCCGGCAGCAGGUGACAGCCAUCUUUGCGGUGCUCUGCCGGGAGGAGGGGGAAGAUCCGCAUACGUCUGACAUCGAAGCAGCCCAGGACCGGUCCCCGCGUCCUUCAGACAGCUAAGCGUGAAAUCCCAUUGCAGAUAUGACAGACUCAAAGUAUUUCACCACCACCAAGAAAGGUGAGAUCUUUGAGCUAAAAGCAGAGCUCAACAGCGACAAGAAGGAGAAAAAGAAGGAAGCUGUGAAGAAAGUCAUUGCAUCCAUGACUGUUGGGAAGGAUGUCAGUGCCCUGUUUCCCGAUGUGGUGAACUGUAUGCAGACAGACAACCUGGAACUGAAGAAGCUUGUGUAUUUGUACCUGAUGAACUAUGCGAAGAGCCAGCCAGAUAUGGCCAUCAUGGCUGUAAACACGUUUGUGAAGGACUGUGAAGACCCAAACCCACUGAUCCGUGCUCUAGCUGUGCGCACCAUGGGCUGUAUUCGUGUAGACAAAAUCACAGAGUAUCUCUGUGAGCCACUGCGCAAAUGCCUGAAGGAUGAAGACCCAUAUGUGCGCAAAACGGCGGCUGUGUGUGUUGCCAAAUUGCAUGACAUUAAUGCUCAGUUAGUGGAAGAUCAGGGAUUCCUUGAUACAUUGAAAGAUCUAAUAUCUGACUCCAAUCCCAUGGUUGUGGCUAAUGCUGUAGCAGCUCUGUCAGAGAUUGCAGAGUCCCAUCCUAAUAGUAACCUUCUGGACCUGAACCCCCAGUCCAUCAAUAAACUACUAACUGCUCUCAAUGAGUGCACAGAGUGGGGGCAGAUCUUCAUUCUGGAUUGCUUAGCCAACUAUGUUCCCAAAGAUGACCGGGAAGCUCAAAGUGUAUGUGAACGUGUUACUCCUCGCCUGUCACAUGCUAAUUCAGCUGUGGUCCUGUCUGCGGUGAAGGUUCUUAUGAAACUCAUGGAACUCCUGUCCAAAGAUUUGGAUUACUAUGGGACACUGUUAAAGAAGCUUGCACCCCCACUUGUCACUUUACUCUCAGCUGAGCCUGAAUUGCAGUAUGUAGCACUGCGCAACAUCAACUUAAUUGUACAGAAAAGGCCAGAGAUCUUGAAGCAUGAAAUGAAAGUUUUCUUUGUUAAAUAUAAUGACCCGAUCUAUGUUAAGCUUGAAAAACUUGACAUCAUGAUCAGACUGGCAUCACCUGCAAAUAUUGCCCAGGUUCUGGCCGAACUUAAAGAAUAUGCCACAGAGGUGGACGUAGAUUUUGUACGCAAAGCUGUUAGAGCCAUUGGACGCUGUGCCAUAAAAGUGGAGCAAUCUGCAGAGCGCUGUGUUAGUACCCUACUGGAUCUUAUUCAGACCAAGGUGAAUUAUGUGGUCCAAGAAGCCAUUGUGGUCAUAAAGGACAUUUUCAGAAAGUAUCCAAACAAAUAUGAGAGCGUCAUCUCCACACUGUGUGAAAACCUGGAUUCUCUCGAUGAACCAGAGGCAAGGGCUGCAAUGAUUUGGAUAGUAGGAGAGUAUGCUGAGCGCAUUGACAAUGCUGAUGAGCUGCUGGAAAGCUUCUUAGAGGGAUUCCAUGAUGAGAGCACACAGGUCCAACUACAACUUCUGACAGCUAUUGUGAAACUGUUCUUAAAGAAGCCUACAGAGACACAGGAGCUAGUACAGCAAGUAUUAAGCUUGGCAACUCAGGAUUCAGAUAACCCAGAUCUCCGAGAUCGUGGCUAUAUAUACUGGCGACUGCUCUCCACAGAUCCUGUUGCUGCCAAAGAAGUUGUCUUGGCAGAAAAACCUUUGAUCUCAGAAGAAACUGAUCUGAUUGAGCCCACUUUGCUGGAGGAGCUUAUCUGUUACAUUGGUACACUAGCUUCUGUCUACCACAAGCCUCCAACUGCUUUUGUAGAAGGAAGUCGUGGAGUUGUUCCCAAAAGGUUACCACCUCGAACUGGCUCCAACGAGAGUGCAGAAAGCCCAGAUGCAGUUACCUCUGUGCAACCCCAAACAGAAACAAACCCUUCAGUCAUCCCAUCCCAGGGUGAUCUGUUGGGUGACCUCCUAAACCUUGAUCUAGCACCACCAGUCAGUGGACCCCCCCUGACUACCAGCUCUGUUCCAUUAGGUGGAGUAGAUCUCCUGAGUGGUGGACUUGACACUCUGAUUGUGGAAGACACAGAAGGGCUGGGUGGUGACACUGGUCCAAAUAUAAGUCUGUCAACUGGCUUCAUGGCUCCUCCAGUGGCUCCAGCACCCCUUGGCCCCCCACUCUCUGGAGGACUUGGUGACCUCUUUGAUUUGGGUGGUGGAACAGGUGCAAAUAUUGGAUCUUAUGUACCUCCAAAGACAGUAUGGUUACAUGCAAUGAAGGGAAAAGGCCUGGAAAUUAGCGGCACUUUCGCCAGAAGAUCUGGUGGAGUAUUCAUGGAUUUGCAUUUUACCAACAGAGCCCUUCAGGUCAUGAGCGACUUUGCUAUACAGUUCAAUCGCAACAGCUUUGGGUUGGCACCAGCAGCUCCUCUACAGAUUCUUACCCCUUUGGCCCCCAAUCAAUCUACAGAAGUCUCUCUUCCUUUAAAUACAAUUGGAUCUGUCAUGAAAAUGGAGCCUCUCAAUAACUUGCAGGUGGCAGUAAAGAACAAUAUUGACGUCUUUUACUUUAGUGUUGUCUAUCCACUUCACAUUUUAUUUGUGGAAGAUGGAAAAAUGGAGCGACAGAUGUUUUUGGCUACAUGGAAAGACAUUCCCAAUGAGAAUGAAGCACAGUUCCAGGUCAGAGACUGUCCUCCCAGUCCAGAUGCUGUCAGCAACAAGCUGCAGGCCAGCAAUGUCUUCACAGUGGCCCGGCGUACAGUUGAAGGCCAGGACAUGUUGUACCAGUCUAUAAAGUUAACAAAUGGCAUUUGGGUACUAGCAGAACUGAGGAUGCAGCCUGGAAGUCCUAGCUGUGCACUAUCUCUGAAGUGCCGGGCACCUGAAGUAUCGCCAUUCAUCUUCCAAGCCAUUGAAAUAGUGUUGAAGAACUAGCACCAGCUAUAUGACGAUCACCAACCUUCCCGUAUGAAGGCUGGGCAUAUGGGAAAGAUGCCUUGUGCGCAUGUGUCUGCUACUUUUCUAAUCGGGAUAAAUGAACGUGGACCAAAUGAAUAGUGUUGAUUUUAUUCUCUUACUCUCAAAGUUGCUCCUAAUCCUGCCUUCAUUUUAAAACCUUUGCUACCAUGUGGACAGCACAGGGGUUAAACAGGUCACUACUCUUAAGAGUAUGUUGUUAGAUAUCACCCUUUUUAUGGUAGAUGCUGUAUUGGUUCUGCUGGAUCCUGUUAAUUUAAACAAUAAAGAACUUGGAUAAAAAUGUACAUAAUAAAACCUUUGAUAUGUGUGA